AUGAACCUUUUAGGUGUGACAUUCAUCGCCGUCAGCAAGGUGAUUGUGGCGGUGCUAGUAGGCGUGCUCACGACAAGCUCGAUCCCGCACAGCGCGAAGACGCUGCGCGACUUUGCCUACCUGAUCUCCACGAUCCUCCUCACGUCCCUCACCGUGUCGAACACCGCCAAGUCUAUCGACCUCGAUGUGCUUUUUCGGUGCAGCAUCCUCAUUUUGUUUUCUCUUUUCUCUAUUGCGUGUGGGCUUUUGUGGGGCGUACUUUUCGGCCUUGUGUUCUUCCGGCCGAACCCCAAGUACUCGGGUAUUCCCCCGGAGCUGCGCAAGGAUGUGCGGUUUGACCUCCUGUAUGAUCGCGUGGCGGCUGAAGAUGCCGACCAUCACGGGGGACCGCUCUCGUCGUCUGCUACUACGCAUCCUGGUAACAAGAAGAAGAAGAAGAGGGUCCCGUACGUGGCCGUAGUGCUGAGCGAGCACUUUCGAGAGGCUGGCGUCAAUGAAAGUGAGAUUGUGAAUGCGCUGGAGGUGACGGAUGAGCGGCAGGAGGACUACGGCGGGUACAACUACGCCUCAUUGAUCGCUUGCUCUACUCAGAACGGUGUCACAUUGCCUCUGUCGCUCAUGCUGAACAUCGCGAGCUCUGUCCCUUACAUUGACAAGGAGCACACCGCUGCGUACAUUUUUGUGUUUAGCAUCAGCUACUUGCUGUACCUGUGGUCUGCUUGCCCGAUAUUUGUAGAGGCGGGCCAGAAGUCUGUCACGAAGCAGAGGCUGAUCCGCGAAAUUCUGCAGAAGCACAAGCGGAUGAUGUCCCGAUGCGAUGCCACGACGCAGACACUCUCCCUGCCCGUCAAAUAUGUGCCGGAGAACAAUGAGGACUCUGCGGAGGACGUUAGAGUCGAUGGCAGUGCGACCGGGAUGAGGCAGACCAGCAGUUUCGAGCCUCAGUGCACACGAUUCAUCCAGCCUCUCGCUGCCUCGGCGGCGGCUUCUGGCAGGAUUGAGUGCAGUGACAACACAAGUGCGCUGGAGGCUGGUGACGAGGCCACCAGGGAUGCUCGCGAUACUCGAGUAAGCGUCCGUGCGGACUCCGCCACGUACACCCUCGACCCGAUCACGCCGCUUCAGAACUCCUUUACACAGACGGAUCGAAAGCUCACCCGCGCAGGCGGUAAUCGUGCUGGAGCUGAGGUGAUAUCCAAUACUCCUGGCACACCCACUCCUGCGGACCUCAUGGCUGCUGAGUGCGCGUACACGAUGGCGUCAGCGGUGCAGCUGCCGUACGACUGGGCCGCCGCCGGCUUCAUUCGCGUCAAGUACGAGAGCGAGAUAAAAGCGCUCAAGAAGAAGUCAAUCUCCGAGAAGGUUCAGCAUCUCGGACGCGGCACCUGGGGGCUCAUCAAGAAGGCCAUGACGAGCCCGCCCUUCCUCGCCACCGUGCUGGGCAUCGUAAUCGGCGUCAUUCCCCUUGUACGCCGGCUGUUUGCGGGAGGGCCGCUGGAGAUGGUGAUGGACGCCAUCGCGCUUAUGGGCGAGGGCUCGAUUCCGGCGUCACUGCUGCUGCUCGGCGCAAACCUUGUCGGCUCCUCCUCGACCAGCGAGUCCGAGUUGAGUAAGCUGACGCAGGUGCGCCUCCGCCACGCCGAGCAGAACACCGAGUACCCGUUGCAUCCCGAAGUCUGGCGGCUGCUUGGCGAGGAUGCUACGUACACCAGGUGGUAUGACGAACAGCAUAUCGACAUAGAGUUCGACAUGGACAGGUCCUCCUUGCAUAUGCUGAUGCAGGAUGGGCCUCUGCCUGCGUCGACGAUAGCCAGUCACGCCAAUGCCGCCUCUGUGGCGCCGAUGACCGAGUACGGUGACGAGGAAGGUGGCGGGGAGGGCGUUGGCGCCAAGAAGAAGCGCACCUUCAUGGGCGGCGUGCGACGCACCCUGUCGCUUCGAGGCAUCCGGCCUACGUUUGUGUGGGGCAUCAUCACCUUUCGCAUGCUCAUCUCCCCGACGUUGAGCUUCUUCAUCCUUGUCUUUCUCAUCAAGACAAUGCCGUUUCUCUUCGGUGGUCGGGGCACGCUGGACAAGACGCUCAUCAUGGUGCUCAUGGUUGAGCUGGCGGCGCCGACUGCGAUCAACAGCACUCUGCUGUUCAACGCAUACCAGUUCAUGAUGUAUCCAUGGGCGAAGAUGCUCUUCUUGCAGUACAUCCUGUGCAUCAUGUCAAUGGUGAUGUGGACCACCAUCGGCUUGAGCUACGUGUCGUCGUUGUAG